AAAAAGGAAAAAGGAAAGAAAAUAAAAAAAAAGUAACUGCAAGUACGCGUUUUACUUAAAAACACAGACAGUAUCUUCGCUCCUUUUAAUAUCCAUCUCUAUCGCGCUCCUCCUUUUUAACUUCUCGAUCUACUAGGGUUCGCACUCUCCUCUACGUCUUCCUCACAAUGAGUCAGUACAAUCAACCUCCCGUCGGCGUUCCUCCUCCUCAAGGUUAUCCGCCGGAGGGAUACCCGAAGGAUGCGUAUCCACCGCAGGGGUAUCCUCCUCAGGGAUAUCCGCCGCAGGGGUAUCCUCAGCAGGGGUAUCCUCCUCCUUACGCGCCGCAGUAUCCUCCGCCGCAGCAUCAGCAGCAGCAACAGGGAAGCCCUGGGUUUCUAGAAGGAUGUCUUGCAGCUCUCUGCUGUUGCUGUCUCUUGGAUGCUUGCUUCUGAUUCAGAGCUGCUGAUUUGAUUGCAAGAGAGUGUUUUUGGCAACCUUAAUUAAGUAAUGAUGAAUUGCUGGAUACAUUCUCUUGUCUAUUCUCUUUCCGUUCUAUGUUCUCUAGAUUCAUAAACAACUAUUAUUCUCUGUCUUGGUUUGGAUUUGCGACUUGAAUGGGAAUGUAAAUUUGCGUGGAGACGCUACUCCUUUGCCUCAGUCUAUUGCUUUCGCUCUAA